AUGAACAAGAGUGGAGCAGUCCAUCCGUGGCGAGGUCAACAACUGCUCAGCAAGACCUGCGUGGUUCCUCAGGUCGUCCGAGCAAACGGCGCAGGAUUGCAUUGGCAUGUGGAAACUGUAGGCACAGGAAGUCGCGCUGUGAUGGAGGUCGACCGAAAUGUUCCCUCUGAACCGAGAUGGGGUCUAGAACAGAGGCUCGGAGAGAUCGAAAGUACCGUGAAGGGAUUGCAACAAAGUCAGUCGAAAAUUCAGACUGGUACGGUGGGCGCGCCCCAGCUUGCAAAUGGCUCUCAGUCCUCAAUACCAGAGUCCUCGAUUCCUCCGGAACCACCAGGCCGCUAUCCGGCAAGCGCAGAAAUGGGUGAAAUUGAUGCUAGUGAAGAUGCCAUCGACGGCAUGGGGGCGAUCAAGUUUACAGACGAAGAAGAUUGUGGUUAUUUCGGUCCAUCGUCCAAUGUUGCCUUUGUACGCCAUAUCUCACUGGCGCUGGCGAAGGCAAGCGGACAGAGUCAAAUGAUACAGACCAGGACAGACUCUUCUCUGCCAUCUGCCAAUGAAUGGACGCGAGUCACUCGGCCACAUUAUGUGCAUGGAGGAACAAGCGAAGGCACCUUUCCUCGCUCACAACGAAGUGUCAAUAUCUACACGUUACCACCCGAGGAUUACACUUGGAGGCUCAUUAAGGAGUACUUCCAAAAGACUGGUCAGCUGUUGCCAUUCAUCCAUGAAGAAUCGUUCUGCGAGACCUACUUUCAGUUGAAGCGCACUAACUUCACAAUGGCUCGGAGAACAUGGCUCGGUUUGCUGAACAUGAUCCUUGCCAUGGCUACCACAUUGACUGUUGAUGGCUAUCCUUCCUCAGAAGAGAGAAUUGCGGAAUCGGAUGUGUAUUAUCAGAGAGCUAAUGGUCUAUGUGAGAGGGAAUCAAGGACGAAUAACAGCCUUGAACUAGUACAAUAUCUGCUUAUUGUGGGCCAGUAUCUUCAAGGUACACAGAAGUCUGUCCGCGCUUGGACUGUUCACGGUCUGGCUAUCACGACUGCGUUUCAAUUAGGGCUACAUUCACCACGAACGAAUCAAGACUUUCCCCCAUUAGAGAGCGAGAUUCGAAAGCGUGUCUGGUUCGGAUGUAUCCUUCUCGAUCGUACAUUGAGCAUGACUUAUGGUAGGGCUUGCAUGAUUCCUGAGAAGUACAUUAAGCUUGAACUCCCAACCGCGGACAUACAAGUCAUGGGUCAAUCUCCCGUGAUGGACACAAGGCAGCGGAUGGAUGCAAUGUACUUCCGGGCAACAAUAGCUCUCUACAGUGUGAUGUAUCAGAUAAUUGAUACAUGCUAUGGACAAAACCUUGGCCUUGAAGACUUUCUUCCUGUGGCAGAAAUCAUUGCUCUGACACUCAGAGGAGAAACACAACUUACCGAGUGGAGAACCCAAAGUCUCCCUUCUUUAAAUUUACGAGUGUGUAACACUCCACUUUGCUCUCAAGAUCUCGAGAAGUUAGAAGCAAAAGACAAGAUCACGGAAAGAUUCAACUUGGUGCUAUCUCUUCGGUUUCACAACCUUCAUAUUCUACUUCAUCGACCAAUCCUCGAGAAACUACUCGAGGCCCACGGAGGGCCCACUAAUGAUACUGAAACGACCAUGAUGCACCAGGUUUGUAUCAGCAGUAUCGAAAAUUGUGUGGAAUCUGCCAUAAUUAUCAUCUCCAUUGUCCAUACAGUGGUUCUUUCCAGUGGGUGGCGCCGUGAUCUUCUCGGAGCCUGGAACUACUCCUUGUUUUAUACAUUCAAUGCUGGUCUGGUAAUAAUUGCAGGCUUACUUGUCUCCCCGAAAGGCACCGCCGCUGAAGGUGAGGUCGCACCUUCACAGUGGAAGUUCCUCGAGAGUUCUGCUCUCUAUCUCAACAUGGCCAUCGAGGCUUUGCAGAACCUUGACCGAGGGAAUCGAGUGGUGCAGCGCAUUGUCGACUAUUUAUCGCAGCUCGCCUUAGCUGUUCUCAGUCUGUGUAGGUCUACUCCGGGUCAACUCAUGUGCUCUCGUCACCUCACAGAGAGAAGGUUGCUGAUCUGUCAUUCACGUCAAGCAUCUGGUAAUGUCGAUGCAACUACUAUCCUUCCAAGCGUGAAUAGCUACGAGCUUUUCUCCUCGACCAACAAUCACCAAGACCUUUUCCCGUUACGGUCCUCACAUCAGACGAUUGGGCAAAAAGAGGUCCCCAUGGAUAUUGAUCUCAGCGAGUUCACGUUGGAAACUGACCUAGAUUGGUUUACUCGACCCUUAUAAUGUGACAAACAAAGUCGAAGGGAAUGUACCAACAAAUCCGGUUGCGCAUGUUAGCUUGUCUGUUCAAGAUACGAGAAUCGUCCCCGUCUAGAACAAACCGAGCUCUUGUCGGAGUGAGAGCGGGUAGUUAGGACGCAAAUCCCUAAAAAGCCG